AUGAUAAAAUUACGCCCGUGCGAACAACACAAGGGAAAUGAAGCCUUUCUUUCAAUUUUCUUUUUUUUCCUCUUUAUGUCUCAAAAGGAGAGGUUACCAGUUCGGGCCAAACUCCCGCUAGCUUCAAACACUAGAGGAUACUAUGACACUCAUGGUAGUCUCUUUUUUUUUCCUUUGUCACAGUCACGGUCUUUCUUUCUUUCUUUCUUUCUUUCUUUCUUUCUGUCUUUCUUUCUUUCAGAAUUGUCAUAUACCUGCACUCUUUCCUUCCUUCCUUCCUUCCUUUCAGAAUUGUCAUAUACCUGCACUCCUUCCUUCCUUCCUUCCUUCCUUCCUUCCUUUCAGAAUUGUCAUAUACCUGCACUCUCUCUUUCCUUCCGUCUUUCUUUCUUUCUUUCUUUCUUUCUUUCUUUCUUUCAGAAUUGUCAUAUACCUGCACUCUUUUUUCCUGACUUCUUUCUUUCUUUCUUUCUUUCUUUCUUUCUUUCUUUCUUUCUUUCUUUCUUUCUUUCAAUGAAAAUUCUCCUAUACAUUCUUUUUUCAUUUUUCCUCUUUCUUUCUUUCUUUCUUUCUUUCUUUCUUUCUUUCUUUCUUUCUUUCAGAAUUGUCUUAUACAUUCACUCUAUCUUUCAUUCUUUCUUUCUUUCUUUUUUCUUUCUUUCUUUCUUUCUUUCUUUCUUUCUUUCAUUCAAAAUUAAUUGUUAUAUACCUGCACUCUUUCUUUCUUUCCUUCCUUCCUUCUUUCUCUCUCUCUUUCUUUCUUUCUUUCUUUCUUUCUUUCUUUCUUUCUUUUCACAUCAAUCCAUCCUUCUGUCAUUUCGAUUGAUAUUUUCUACAAUUCAAUAUUUUUCCCCCACCUCCGGAGCAUUUCAUUCUUCAUCCUUCUUUGAGGUUAUUCUUUACGCAUUUCAACAGUUUCCCAAACAAUAUACUCCCUGCUGUCUGACGCCCGUCUCUAUUCAUGAGAAAAUCAUUACCAGUACAUCUAUCUAUCUAUCUAUCUAUCUAUCUAUCUAUCUAUCUGUCAGUCAGUUCAUAUCUAUCUAUUUCAGUUUAUUCUUUUAUAAAUCUGUUCAUCUCAAUCUGUGCCUAUCUAUCUAUCUAUCUAUCUAUCUCUUUCUCUUUAUAUAUAUAUAUUAA